AAUAUGCGCGCGCACACCUCGCAUUCGGAACGAGGUGAAUCUCAGCGCCAUAGCAGACGAGUCGACAAUGAUAUUAUGGCAUCUUCGUUAACAAAUACAGCUACACCCAAGCGCAGUGUGCGGUUGCAAUCAAAGCGCUCAGCACUUGUUGAUGACAGUGAUGCAAACCAUAAUGACCAGCAGAGCUCCUCAGGAAUGUCCCUGGAUGUGCUUGCCCAUGUUGCGUCUGAGACACUUAAACAGGAACCAAGGUCACCAGAAAAUGUUCAGCCCAAGAAGGUGACUGUGGUUCGAGGGGUUCGUCACCAGGAUCAGUUGAGUCUUGGUCAAAUACAAGGGCUCACAGAGAAGACAAUCAUCAACCUGUUCACAGAGCCUUCUUCCAAUGACUAUUCUCGAACGUUCUCUUAUAAGUGCAUGUUGAUACCAAAACAAUGUGACAAAACGUUCACAAGCUAUGGCAGUGACAUCAAGGCAAGGAGUGAUGUCAAGAAACAUCUUUAUGAACAUUUAAGUGAGCUUGAACAACUGGAAGCUGAAAGUAAAAUAAAGUUUUAUGGUGAACCAGUUCCUGCAAGGCAAAAACGGUUGCAAAGAGAUUUUGGAAGUAAAAGAAACAGAAAGAAUCUGCGACCUCCAAGCCCAGACUUUAUUUCUGUAACAACCACUGAACAGAACAGAAAAAGAAAUGAGAGUGGGAAGAAUAGCUCGACAAAGAGCUAUAAAGAACAUUAUGUGAACAAUAUGAAUGAAGAAGGAUCAACCUUGGAUUCUAUUGGCUUCAUUCCAAUGGCCAAGAAACUGAAGGUGUUUAGAGUCAGUGAGGAAGACUUAACUGGCCAUAAUAAGAACAGAUUCACGCCACUUUGUGAUGUAGUCACUGUGGAGACCGUGGAGGAAGUAAGGGAAAAGGAGGAAGGUGUGAUAUUAGAGAUGUUGAAAGUUCAGCCAUUCCAUGACCACUGCUACACAACUGUCUUUGGCGAGAGAAAAAACAGUGAUGAUGUCCAUCAGUUGAUCAGAAGGUUUGAGCAGGAAGAAGAUCGCAAAAACCUUUCCUUCACAUGGUCCUUAUCGGACUAUCCGUUUAUCUCAAACAAAAUCAUGAUACUGGCCGAAUCUCCGCUGAAUGAGAAAGGGCAAAAGCCGAUGCCGAUACUGUUCCUGCGGCACCGCUCUCCGGAUGAGAAUGUUCCCAUGGUGAGCAAGGAGGAGAUCAUAGACUUGGGGGAGGACAAGGAGGAACCUGAUGAGAUGAUGAGUCUUAUGCUCAAGGAUUAUCCCAAGACAAAGCCUCUCCAAGGACAGAAACCAUACCCACCAAUGCCCAAGAGUUUUCUGGCCAGGCGUGGUCGGCUAGGCUAUGAUAUCUGUGACAUGUCUGACAGCGGUGAGGAAGAGGAAUCUAGCACUGCGGAGAAGAUCAAUCCCUUCAGCAGAGAAGGCAGGGAGGGAAACCUGGGAUGGGAACCUAAACUAGCAAUGAAGUACAUAAAGGAGUUGAAGGGGAGGAAGAAGGGAGAGAACAUUGCCCUCAAGUGCAAGAUCUGCAAGGAGAAGACGUUUACUGCCACGGCAACCCUCAUCUACCACUACAGGAGUCAUGCAGGGUUUAAGCCGUUUGUGUGCCUUAUCUGCAACACGACGUUCACUCGUCAGCACAGCCUCAACUAUCACAUGCUGAUACACAACAACCAAAGCAGAUUUACUUGCAAGGAUUGCGGACGCAAGUUUCGUCAUCCCAGUCACUUCAAGGAACAUUUAAGACGCCAUACAGGAGAAACACCAUUUGCUUGCUCGGACUGCUGGCAGAGGUUCAAAACCCGGAACACAUAUAAAAGACACUUAAAAACCAGGCAUGGCAAGCUCCUGACUGCCUCCGGUAUUUAUAAUUUGACAAAGGAUGAGUUUGACAAGGUAAGGACCAGACCUAUACGUUGCGCCACAGGCCCGUCAGCCAAUUUCCCCAAGGUUGUCCAUGCUGGUCAGCCCACACAACCACUGCAACCUGACCAGGACACAAGUGAUGAUCAAGAUGACUCAGACGAUGAGAAUGUGAUGACAGAGAGCGAUGAGCAGAAAAUGAUCCUUGAAGAACUGAAGGCAGAUAUUAAAAAGGAGGUUGGAUCUGAGAGCGACUCAGAUCAGGAACUGAGUAACAUCCUGCAGGUGUUGUCCAGUACCUGUGACCCAGCGUCGAACCCUGUGGUUGUGAAAGAGGAGACGGAGGAGGGCAGGGUCAACAUCACAGGGGUCACGGGAGUCAUCAUCAAGACAGAGCCAGUACCUGCUCAGCUGUACGUCAAUAAUCAUGUUGGGGCAACAGAAGCAUGUUGAGUUUGAUAACUGCUUGUGAUUUUUUUGUCAAAUAGAUAUUGAAAUAUCAAAAGUUGUUUUGAUUGUUAAAUUUGGGACUGGUUCAUACAUUGAAGACCUUGUUAAACCGUUUAAGUGCUGUUAUUUGUAAAUAUUUUCUUGGAAAGGAAAUACUUGAAUGUGAUCUGUAAGCAACGGCAUAAAGGAUAAUAAGAUAUACCUACACUUCCAAAAUCAAAUUUUUGAAUACAUAUUUGCAAAACUGCAAUAAACAUGCAAGGGGUAAUCAUGCAUUACUUCCUAAAAACAUUAAUCAUGAGAUUCUCUUUUCAAAGAACAAAUGUUUUAUUGGUGAUGAGAUGACUUUCCAGCACUACUUAACUUUGAUUUCAAGAUAUAGCUCAAUUUACCAAUCAUCACUGUUAACUGGCAAUAAUGACUAAUAAUAUUUGUAUGCCCCCGGAUCAAAUGAUCGGGGGGUAUAUUGUUUUUGGCCUGUCUGUCAUUCUAUCAUUCUGUCCUAAAACUUUGACCUUGGUCAUAACUUUUGCAAUAUUUAAGAUAGUAACUUGAUAUUUAGCAUGCAUGUGUAUCUCAUGGAGCUGCACAUUUUGAGUGGUGAAAGGUCAAGGUCAUCCUUCAAGGACAAAGGUCAAAUAUAUGGCUUCAAAGCAGCGCAAUAGGGGGCAUUGUGUUCUGACAAACACAUCUCUUGUUAUGUUUUUUGUUUUGUUAAGAAAUUGUACUUGUAAUACAAGAUUUUCUAUAAAAUUGGUAUGUAAUGCAACAUCUUAAAAAGAUUACAAAAACAAGUAGUUCAUAAAGUGUUUGUGUAACCAGGUAACAUUUGAACAAAGCACUCAUGGGCAUGAAGAUUUGUCAUGUUUGCACUAUUUGUUUGUUUUCUAGCAUCUAUGGAUGCAGUGAGGCAUAUAGCUAUUGGCCUGUCCCUACAUUUGUUCUUCUGUCAGUGACGCAUAUAGCUCUUGGCCUGUCCGUACGUUUGUUCUUCUGUCCACAUAAGGUUAACUCAAAAUAACUUUUUGUAUUACAUCAAUUACGCUAACUACAAAACUUUGAUAUAUUUGAACACCAUCAACACAUUCACAUCACAUCGCUGCAUCUUGAACUUGAUACUGACUUACUUUUGGACUAAGACUAAUUCAGAAGGUCCACAUUUUUGGUUAUUCCAGAUUGAGGUGUGUUGUCUAACAUCAAUAAGGUUUGAUACUUGAAUGGAUGUUAUGGAUGAUCAUUCUCAGUGCACCCACAUCACCCGACUCAUUUUGACAUUGACCUUUAAUUAUGGACAAAGUUGGAAGGUCCAAAUUAUUGGUUUACCCAAAAUGUUUUUGUCUAACAUCUAUACAGCUCGCGUCAUAUCUGUAAUACUUACAUGCAUGUUAUCUAUGAAUGCUUAGUGCAAAUGAAAUCACCUGACCUUUACGUUGUCCUACUAAUAGACUUGGGCUUAUUUAAAUGGGCCAAUGAAUCAAUUCUGAAAAAUACUUCCACAGGGGACAUAUGCAUGUAUUGAAUCUUGAUUUUUUACUGUGGCCAGUUACUUCAAGAAAGUGAUUAGUUUCUCCUAUUUUAAUACUGAUUAAUGUUUACAUUUUUCAAUAAGAAUAUGUUGAGAAAGUGAGUUUAAAGAUCAUGAUUUUGUAAAUGAAAUAUUACUUAGUUAAAUCGUAUUUAUACUGAUAUGCAUAUUUAAAUACAGAUUUUCAAUGGCUAAAGUUGCAGAAAUAACUUGUUAUGGUUUUUGCCAUGUAUUUUUAUCAAAGGCAGCUGGCCUGUCACAUAUGUUGAUUGUGUUACCACACCUUUGCUGUAAGUUGUAUGCUUUACACAAUUUUUUAGUCGGAAUGUUUCAUAGUUUCCCUUUGUCAUUUAAUAUUAUGUUCUAUACUUGAUAAAAAAACUGCAAUCUAUCUUGCCUGGAAAAGGUUGAGCAUUUCC